UUGAUACUUGGAAAGAUUUGGGAUUUAGCUGACACAGAUGGCAAAGGAAUUCUUUGUUGCUUUGCGUCUUGUGGCAUGUGCCCAGAAUGGAUUGGAGGUUUCACUGAGUAACUUGAACCUGGCUGUUCCUCCACCAAGAUUUCAUGAUACCAGUAGUCCCUUGCUAAUUAGUGGAACUUCUGCAACUGAGCUCCCAUGGGCUGUAAAAUCUGAAGAUAAGGCCAAAUAUGAUGCAAUUUUUGAUAGUUUAAGUCCAGUGAAUGGAUUUCUGUCUGGUGAUAAAGUGAAACCAGUGUUGCUCAACUCUAAGUUACCUGUGGAUAUUCUUGGAAGAGUUUGGGAGUUGAGUGAUAUUGACCAUGAUGGAAUGCUUGACAGAGAUGAGUUUGCAGUUGCCAUGUUUUUGGUAUACUGCGCACUUGAGAAAGAACCUGUGCCAAUGUCCUUGCCUCCAGCCUUGGUGCCACCUUCAAAGAGGAAAACGUGGGUUGUAUCACCUUCAGAAAAAGCUAAAUAUGAUGAAAUCUUCCUGAAAACUGAUAAAGAUAUGGAUGGAUUUGUUUCUGGAUUGGAAGUCCGUGAAAUCUUUCUGAAGACAGGUUUACCUUCUACCUUACUAGCCCACAUUUGGGCAUUAUGUGACACAAAGGACUGUGGAAAGCUUUCAAAGGAUCAGUUUGCCUUGGCUUUUCACUUAAUCAAUCAGAAGUUAAUAAAGGGCAUUGAUCCUCCUCAUAUUCUUACUCCUGAGAUGAUUCCACCAUCAGACAGGGCCAGUUUACAAAAGAACAUCAUAGGAUCAAGUCCUGUUGCAGAUUUCUCUGCUAUUAAGGAGCUAGAUACCCUUAACAAUGAACUAGUUGACUUACAAAGGUAUGUAAAGUAA